AUGCCUCUCGUGCCACCUCUAGGGAGGAUAAAUCAGUUAGCGAAGCGCGCGAUUUUGUCCUUUGUGAGAAAGCCGAUCUGGCAUCUGCCUUCCAACUCCGCACUCUCCAUUCCCCAGGAUGAACUUGUGGAUGAGGAGAUUUGUCGUGGAUACAAUGCCAGGCACUUUUACUCGGCCAAACCUGGAGAUGUUCUUGCUUGUCAUUAUCAGUUACUGGUGAAGAUCGGCUGGGGAACUCGAUCGACGGUUUGGCUAGCUCGAGAUAUUACAAGACUUCAGUGGCAGUCCGAAAGAAUGGUAUCCCUGAAAAUCGUGAAUUCCUUUCAUGAUCAGGAGGCAUACCAUAAGAGAAUCAUUGAGGAACACAUUGCUCAGAAGAAUCCAUCUCACCGCGGCCGCGUGAUUUUACGCACAUGUCUCGAAAGUUUCGAGGUGGCUAGUCCGGAAGGAGACCACUUGUGUUUAGUCUAUGAACCGAUGCGAGAGCCUCUCUGGAUUCUAAAAAGGCGUUUCGUUGACGGGAGACUUCCUCUCCCGAUCGCGAAGGCUUACAUUUUUUUCCUCCUGGUUGGCCUUGACUAUCUUCACUCGGAUUGCGGAGUCGUUCAUACUGGCAAUGAACUCACCUCAGAUUUGAAGCUAGAUAAUAUUCUGAUGAGUUUCGAGAAUGAGAAUAUUCUUUCCGCAUUUGUCAAACGACAGAUCAACGACCUACCUAUGCAAUACAAAGUCGACCCAAUGACUGGUCGUACCGUUUACCGCUGCCACAAUGAUUUUGGGGCUCUUGACGGGAGAGAGCUGAAGAAUGUGAUGUGGAAUAUUGUCGAGCGCACAGAAUUAUUUGGUCAAGUCCAUGAUAUACAAGGAUACGAUACGAAGUCAUAUCUAGCUGAAAUGAUUGCGCUUCUUGGGCCCCCCCCAGAAACAUUACUUGCCAAGGAGAACGCUAUGGCACAGCACGAUUGGCCUCAUCCUAUCAGUAAUGAGGCCGGUAUUCCCUGCAAGAACGCACGAGAAUACUUUGGUGGUCCUUUCUUCAACGGAGAAGGGAAAUUCCUUCACAAUGACUUGAUUCCCGCCCGAACUCUAGAAGCUUCACUCCCAUCUCUAGAAGAGGAUGAGCGAAAUUCCUUCCUAUCAUUUGUCCGUGGAAUGCUUACCUGGCUUCCCGAGGAGAGGAAGACCGCUCGUCAAUUGAUAGAGCAUCCAUUCCUCAAACUCAAGAAAUGA